ACAGACGCAGAGACAGACGCAGAAACACGCAGAGCGCGCGCAUUAACGAGCGCGCAUGUGCCUAAGCGCUGUGUGCGUGCGUGGGCAAGCACGCAUGAGCCCCGAGGCCGGCCCGGCACCGCUGGGCGCCGGCUUGCGCGCUGCUGGGCGAGUCCGAAAACUCCCGGGCGCGGCGCUGUCCUCGGGGCGGGGAGAGUGGGUAGGCGGUCCCUCGCGGGAGCUCGCUCAACCCACCUCGGGGACCCGACGCCCAGCCCGGCGCGCCCGCAAUGGUCCUGCAAGCUCGAGUCGCCUUGGUGCCUGGCGCAUCGGGGAGGACCCGGGACCUCGGGAACGUCCCCCGCGGCCCCGCCUAGGCCUUGGAGGCGCUCGCUGGCCGUGCGCACCGGCGCGGCGCGGGGCGGAGGCGCGGGACACUUGUACGCCAGGUUGGUGGAGGCGGGGCGCGCCCUGCAGGCGGCCACGGACCGGCGACGGCGGGGGCGCUUCCAGUGCCCACGGAACGGGGUCGGAGGGGGCAGGGCGUGGAGAGGACUUCAGGAGCCUCUUCGCCGGCCUUGGGCCGCCGCCCGGCCGAGCCAUAGUGAAAGCGGCCUGGGAGUAAUCUCGGGACGCGAGGCCGGGCCGGAGCUGGUGCCUCCCUUCCUAGCCCGGCCCGGGGAGCCUCCUUGCGGCCUGCGCCCAGGCGACCCGGCCUGCGCUCCGCUCCUUCCCGGUGGGAGGGCAAGAGAGAAAGAGGGAGGAGAGAGGGGGAGGCGGGAGCAGGGGAGAGGGGGGCUCUGAGCCAACCGUGGCUGCCGCGGCUCCCGGGGAGGGCGGGUGGGGGAGGCGCGCGGGGCGCUGGAGCGGUGGCCGCGGAUGACGGCAGAGGCGCAGCCGGCCCCGCGCGCGCAGCCCCCUCCCCCUCGUCCUCCUCCCCCUCCUCCUCCUCUUCCUCCUCCUCCUCCUCCUCCUCCUCCUC